AUGGAUACUGACAUUUGUGAAUUGCCUGCAGACCAAGAAGAACGUUACUCUUGGAUAGUGACUGGCGUAAGAUUCGAGCUGAAAGACAAGAUGAUCCAUGUCCAAAUCGAGGAAGGAAAAUUGCUCCCUACCGGUCAGAUAGAAAAAAACUCAGUUCAUUUAGUAGAAUUAGGAGAUUUCACUUACUUAACUGACGUUUCUGGCGGCGGGUUCACUAUGCAAGAUGGCGACUCUACUGUAACAUUAAAAGAAGGUACUGAUUACUGGUUCAUACGAUUCGGGCGCCGCGAUGUCAACCUGGACAUUGUCCACGCCCGAGAACCGGAUUACGUGGUCACUGGAUUGAAGGUGUCUCGCGAUCCUGAAAAUGAUCAAUCUGUCCAACUGGACGUACACAUUACACCCUUUGAUUUCAAGGCAGGCUUGCUAACUCCAACUAGUGACAAGCCGUCCAAGUGGAUUAGUUACCGAGACAUGCCUGAUCACGACAAGGGUUACAAUAAGCGCGAAUGGGUAGAUUUAAAAACUGCCAAAUUUAGCCCCUUCAAAUUCUACGACAAUCUUCCGACUGAACAUGACUUUGCAGUAACGUGGUUCCAGCACACUUACGGGUAUGAAGAAAUUGGACAUAACACUGUUCCAUUCUUUGAUCGGCAACUGGUGGCGCCCUAUCCACGAGUUCCACUUACCGGUGUCUCCCUCUAUCUUCGCAUCAAUGAUGGAGAUUCAGGCGGGUUCUUUGCCUUCAACUUGCUUACCUAUGACAUUUCCAGAUACUUGAACCCCACAAUGUCACCGGAAAAUGUUGAACUCUUCAAAGAUAAACCCGAAAACCAAAUAAUGAAUCAUUUCGUUGAACUCGAGUAG